UCUUGGAUUUUUUCGGACCAAGUUUCGAACUCGUAUAUUGAGCAAUUUUACAAUAUUCAUUAUUCUGACUCUGUUGUAACAAAGCUCUAAAACAAAUUCAUUCAUUCAUUUCAUUCAGAAACUAAAGAAGAAAACUCUUCGAUAUCAACCCACUUGGAAGGAAAAGUACCCAUGGAUUGUGGAGGCGUCUAAUGUAGGCGUCCUUUGUAAAAUAUGUGUGACUGCAAAGAAACAGGGAUUACUGAGUACAGCAGAUGGUCGGUGUGAGAAUACCUUUAUCUCUGCGGGGUUUGUCAAUUGGAAAAACGCUUUACUCUGCUUCCAGAAGCAUGAAAAGAGCACUGUACAUGCAUUUGCCUGUGCUCAGCUGGAGCAUAAAUCCAAAUCUCCAGCUAUCAACCUACAACUGUCGAGCAAGGUGCGUGCUGAUCAAGCUACGGCAUUCUGUAUGCUGAAAAAGAUAAUCAGUUCCAUCCGUUAUCUGGCGAGACAGGGACUUGCAUUACGCGGUCAUGAGCACGACGAGGGAAAUUUUCAGGAGUUAUUGAAUCUUAGGGAGGAGGAUUGUCUGGACCUAAAAGUGUGGCGAAACGAAAGAUACAAGAAUUUCACUUCCUGGGCAGUUCAGAAUGAAUUGCUAGAAUUGAUGGCACAUUCUAUCAUCCGCACAAUCUGCGUUGACAUUCGCAAGGCAAGAGCAUUUGCUACAAUAGUUGAUGGAACAACAGAUAUCACUGUACAAGAGCAAGAAUCAAUUGUUGUGCGUUACACUGAUGCUGAUCUUGUGCCCCAUGAAGUAUUUUUUUUUUUUGCACAGAACAGUGGCACAACAGGGGAAGCACUAUCAGCCAUGCUACUUGAUGUAUUGAUUCGUCUCAACCUACCACUGUCAACUUUACGUGGACAAACAUAUGAUGGGGCCAGCAGCAUGAGUGGCAAAUUCAACGGCACACAGGCUUUGAUUGCUAGUCAACAACCAUUGGCCAUUUAUGUGCAUUGUCUGAUGCAUGCAGGGAACCUCGUAGCUCAAGAAGCGAUGGAAUCCUCUGGUGUUGUCCAAGAUGCGGCAUCAUUGACAAAUGAAGUUGCUGCUACCUGCAACCGAUCAACCAAAUUAACCGCCAUUCUCCGGGGCAUUCAGUCACAGAAGCAUGACCGUGCCAGCCUGCGUCCACUGUGCCCAACAAGAGUUCUAGUUAGAGGAGCUGCUUUAACCCUUUGACUGCCAACCGCGGGAUAUCCCGCGGUUUUUACUUCCGGUAUUUUCUCUUGAAUAAAACGCUCAAUUCAGUGCAGUUUUGACGUCAUAUCCUGCAGCUUUGUUCUCUCAACAGUUUUCGCGAAAUUUCCCUGGUUUAUUUGCUGUUUUCUUCGGAUUUUUUUUGUUUACCUGCAGUUAUGAAUGUUGAGACUCUACUCCUAUAUUUACAGGUACUUACAUGUGAACCUAAGCCGUAAUUUACUACGUUUGCGUGUGCAUGUGCGUGUGUGUGUGUGUGUGUGUGAUGUUGUUCCUAUUCAUGCUGUACUAGUCUAACAUCUCUCUGUGUAGGCCAAGAAGGCGUUUGUGCUCUGCUACCAGAAAAUGCCACAGCACUAGACUACUUUGCAAACAUUUUCCCUGAGAGUAUUUGGAAUCUGCUAACAACAGAAACAAACCGAUAUGCUACUCAGCGAGGCAGGUAUUUUGAGCAAACGACUGCACAAGAAAUGAAGGCUUUUAUUGGUUUGGUUCUGGCAAUGGCCAUACAUAAGCUGCCACAAAUCAACAAUUACUGGAGUUCAAACUGGGUGCUGAAUGUGCCGCAGUUCUGUCAGGUGUUUACAACAAAAAGAUUUUGGGCACUUUGGUCGAACAUUCAUCUCGUCAACAAUGAGACAGCCUUGCCACGGGAUCAUGCUGAUCAUGACAGGUUAUUCAAAGUAAGGCCUAUUCUCAAUAUUUUGACAAGAACAUUUGAAGAUAACUAUUCCCCAGGCCAGUGUGUAGCUGUCGAUGAAAGCAUGGUUAGGUUCAAAGGUCGCUCUUCUCUCAAACAAUACAUGCCCAUGAAACCUAUCAAAAGAGGUUUCAAAGUGUGGUCAGCCUCAUGCUCUUGUUGUGGGUACUUAUACGGUUUUCAGGUAUAUACUGGUAAAGUACCUGGAUCAGAAAGCAAAGGUAUGGCACACCGUGUGGUAGCUGAUCUGACACUACCAUUACUUGCUGGUAAAAACCACAUUGUGUAUGUAGACAACUUUUUUACAUCGUUGCCACUGAUUACAGAACUUCAUCAGAAUUCUGUGUAUUUGUGCGGUACAUAUCGAGCAUCACGUGUGGGCUUUCCACGGGAGCUACAGGACAGUAAUGCAAUCAAAAGGUUAGAGAGAGGUAACAGUAUCAUGAUGGUCAAAGGAGAAAUUGCAGCUUGUGUCUGGAAGGACAAAAAACCUGUGUAUGUUGUUUCCAAUGCACACUGCCCAAGAAUCAUAACGAAUGUCAAACGGAGGACCCAUGAUGGUAGCCGUAUUCAAGUGAGUAGUCCACAGAUGGUAUCUGAGUACAACAAUUACAUGGGUGGUGUAGACCUGCUUGACCAGAUGAAAGGCUGCUAUGGCUACUCUCGCAAGUCUAAACGCUGGUGGCUGAGACUUUUAUAUCACUUUGUGGACGCUUGGCAUGACAAACUCAUUCAUGCAUCUAACCUCCAUAGUUACCAGUAUUACUGGCAUCCACCGAUGCUUGUAGUCGUCCCAAAAACAGCUGAUCAUCGCUGUGAACUGAUUUGA